UCCCCCUGCUCUGAUAAAGAGGCUGAAUGUCUGCAGGACAUGCUUAACGUUUGUCCAUCCAUGUUCGUAGACUAGCAACCAGCAGGGUUGGCAUAUAGAUGCACAGAGACUGGCGUACUGCUCCACUCAGGAGCUCUCUAUGACAGAGGUCAGAAUUAACAAGGAGGAGAUUUACCUUACUCACAGUUACAUGUUGAGCAGUUUAUGUGUUGCAGCAUUUAGCUUUAGAGAGGCAGUUUCUGUUUGAGGGUAGUUUUAUUUCAUUCACUUUCUCAUUUUUCUAUUUCAAAGACAUUAUUCUGGAGACACAUCCUCUCCCUUUAGUUGAUUAGUUAAUUUUUCUGUUGAUUUUUCAUCCCUCCUCUAUUUAGAAGUUGCUUUUUGAAUUCGUGCCGCCAUGUGGGAGUUCAGGUCAAUGUCUUUCUGGCGAGCGGUGUUCGCUGAGUUCUAUGGCACCAUGUUCUUUGUAUUCUUUGGGUUGGGGGCAGCCCUCCGCUGGACCACAGGGCCCCAUAAUGUUCUUCAUGUUGCCUUCUGCUUUGGGCUGGCGGCUGCCACCUUAAUCCAGUCCAUCGGCCACAUCAGCGGAGGACAUAUCAACCCUGCUGUUACAUUUGCCUACCUGAUCGGAUCUCAGAUGUCGCUGUUCCGGGCUUUCUUCUACAUCGUGGCCCAGUGUCUCGGAGCACUGGCUGGCGCUGCUGUGCUUUACGGGGUCACACCCACCAACAUGAGAGGAAACCUGGCUCUGAACACGCUGCAACCAGGCAUCAGCCUGGGCAUGGCCACAACGAUGGAGAUCUUCCUCACCCUCCAGCUUGUCAUCUGCAUCUUUGCUGUGACAGAUGAGAGGCGCAACGGACGCUUGGGCUCUGCCGCUCUGGCCAUUGGCUUCUCUGUCCUCAUGGGCCAUCUUCUCGGGAUGUACUACACUGGAGCAGGAAUGAACCCUGCAAGGUCCUUUGCCCCAGCUGUCCUGGUCAGGAAUUUUGUCAACCACUGGGUAUACUGGGUUGGUCCCAUGAUUGGUGGUGCCCUGGGUGCCCUCCUGUACGACUUCAUGCUGUUCCCACGUAUGCGUGGUCUCUCUGAGAGGCUCGCCACACUGAAGGGAACCCGCCCCCCAGAGGCCGAGGGCCAACAGGAGACCAGGGGAGAGCCCAUCGAGCUCAAAACACAGGCCCUAUAAGCCUGGAGAAGAAGAUUGGCUUUCUGACCCCCCAUCCUGCACCUGUCAUGCCUCACUCUGCACCCUCAGUUCCUGGUCCAUCCUCAACCUACACACUGUUUUUGCACACAUACCUCCUCCCCCGCCUCCACACAUACUAGUGUAGAUCCUGAACCCCCUUGUUAUCAUCAUUCUGCAUCCAGAACUGGACCAACUGGUUCACAGUGAAGGGGCACCCAAAGCCCUGAACAUCUUUCCUCAUCUCACCUCUACCCACCCUUCACUCUCCUCUUUCCCCUCGGAAUACAGGACGAAGAUGGAGGGUUAGAAGAAGACUUGCCACUGAAGGAAGCACCCAGUUUUGUGGUGUGGGGAGUCAGUCAUUCCUGGCUGAUCAGGUGGCUAUAACUGCUCAGGACAGGGGCCGCUAUUUCUCUCUUUACUUCCCUUUCUCUCUCUCUUUCUGUUUUUUUCUCCCUAUUUUGUAGUCUGCUAGGAGUGAAGCUACAUUAGAGCAGUGGACUUCUGCAUGGUUUUCCAUUUUGAUCCAGUGUGAUCUCGCCCUUUGUUUUGUUUCACGAGUCAGUACUGUAUUUCACCAGUAUUUAUUUGGCUUUUUUUUUCUUUUUCUUUUUUUUUUUUCCAGUUGUACGUGUUGGUGCAUGCUUGUGUGAUAGAGUGAGCGCGAGAAAGACAGAGAUCAGGUGUGCCUGCAUGUAUUUGUGCAUGUGUAUGCUUGUGUGCUUGUUUUAACAGAUUGUUUUUUAUUUACAUAUUUUCAUUGCCACAAUCCUUUGUCUGUGUUUUUGAUUUUUUUUUUCUUUAGGGAAACAUUUUCUUACCCUCACUGAUACUGCAAAAGUUCAACACACAAGUUCAAUAAUUUCAUGUUUAGAAAGAUCCCCCUUUCAUAUAAUAGGAAAAUAACUUUGCAUCAGAGUUAUAGCUUAAAGUCAGAUUUAAAUGGUUUACAUUUUGUGUUUUAACACAUUAUCAUUCCUACCUCAUCAUAUACAGGUGCUUGGUCAAGGGCCGCUCCAAUGAUGAUAAUUAUCAUUUAUCCUUCUGCUGCCAGAAGGCAGGUCUUUCUAAGUAACUCCGUUAUCAGCAUCUAAACAGCCUUCUUUGUAGCAUCAUCCGCUAACACUCACCGCAGGAUGGUCGAAGGGGCGAGGCGGUGGACGGUAGCCACAUGACUCCCAAGCAUGGGACUUUGUGUUGGAGACCGAUUGUGGCUUAUAUUGUUUUCAAUUCCUUCAUUUUUGACUUCCCGGGCUAUACUACUACUUUAUCUACUUUGUUAAGUGUCAAAAGUAGCACUUGGUUAUGGCUUUACUAGCCGUUUCCAUGUUGCCACAGCAAAGCGUCCCAAAAUGGCGCUUCGGGGUGGGCGGCCUUGCUGACUGAGAAACGACGCAGCUCCUGAGCAAACAUCAUCAUGUGACGAGUUGGGAUUGAUAUACAGUCGCUUUCACCUACUGUGAGGCCUACUCACAUUAACAGUUAUUUUAAAGUAAAACAAAACAUCCAGCAUUUUCUGAGCUCGGUCCUCAUUCUGCAGAGUUUAUAAAAGGAACAUCUGUAGGCUUUCUUCACAUUUCGAUAACUUUGAUAACAUUAUUUGUGUAGGGUUACAUUUUAAGUGACGUUUUAAUAUAAUCUUGUCCUCAAAGCUUUGGAACGGCGCUUAUGGCAGAUUCAUGUACAGGUGUGUAGCUGAUAGCUGGUUUGCUUUUACUUCUGCGUGCCUGACAUGGGGGGAAAAAAACAAAGCAAGCAAAUCUGAUAAGCUGUCACAAAGAGCAAGCGUUUUCUAGUUGAAUUGUGAUGUUUGACAUGGCUGAAGAGUCUCUGUACUUCAAUUAAAAGUUCAAAAUAAAAGCGUGCACGAGGUGUGGUGGCUUCUUGCUGGUGUUGGUGAACACCUGGUGCCUUCUUUGUUCCGCUCUGAGCUGGGUGGCUCUUUGGGAGUGAAACAGAAGUAGAUGUACACCUUUAUUUUCAUGCAGCCGAUAGAAGAGAGAAUGACCUCUGAAGUUGAGAUGGCCUUGUGUUCCCUCCCCUCUCCAUCCCUCCUUCUUUCACCCUACCUCCUCCCUUUGUUUGCGAGGCAGCAACACUGUUCUGCUCUAAAGAGGGGACAUCUGCAGCUGCUGGGAUAGGGAGAAGGAGACAGCCUUUUACAAAUUUCACCAGAGCAGUUUUUGAACCACAUGUAAGCUGAUUCUCUUUCUGCUUCCUUAAAUAACUUUUUUUUUUCAGUGUGAUUUCCCUGGCAGUGGUUGAGUAGAAAUUACAAUUUAUUGACAUGUUGAAAUUAGAACUUGUUUUUUAAUGGAAAAGCUUUGUGAUGUACAGUGUAAAGUUUUCCUUUUUUUAAUAAAAUGUUGAUUUUUGAAAUUGGAUGAAAAGUGGAUGAAUAGGAAGUGAAAUAUAAGAUGUGAGCUACGCAACUACUCCUCUCUGGCUGAAGGAUUAAGGAAGUGAUGCCAAUCAUGCCAGUGUGCUUUCAUGCAAUGGACAUCCUUUAUUAACAGGCACACCUUCCAAUCAAAUUGUUAAUUAUUUAUUAUUUUAUAUGUAAAAAAAAGAAAAAAAAGAAUUAAUCUGUUUGCAUUUUCUUUUUUUGGUCUGCAUUCUUUCAGAUUUGGACAGGACAUUUGCCUAUGCGCCACAGACAAAUCCUGCAUGCCAUUUAACAAAUACCACCUCUGACUCCUAAACUAUUUACAUAAACAAACCUUCAGCUUUCUUUUGUGGCGUGACAGAUAGUUUAGUGUCCACAUUUGGCAAUCAGAGGUGGGAUAUCUGAAAAGACCAACAAUUUUUUUAAAGAAAUUCACACAAAUACUUCAGCAAUUUGAAAGAAACUGAAAGUUUAUUUGUAACUAAAGUAACAUUUUACAUGGUUUGUAGUACUGUAGUUGCCUCUAUGUGAUCCGAAAAUCCAUCUGUAAAACAUGAAAGAUUAUCCAAGUACGCAUGCAUGGAGCGUCCAACAUGCUAUAUUAUUCCAUUCACACAUUGAGGGUGGUGACAGGUGGUGCAAAGCUUACUUUAGAAACCUACUUUAGUUUAGGUGUUUAAAUGAAAAAUUUAAAAAACAAAAAUAAAGAAAUUCACAGUUAAAUCAACAUGGAUCAAUUUAUUUAUGAGUCACAAUUUAGGAUCAAGGUUUAAAAAUGUACAUUUGCCUGAUUUCAGCACCAGUUUUAUCAUUUAAAUCCCAUACUUUUUUCUUUUUUUAAGAUUUGUGUGAGUGUGAGUACAUUAGAGCAUUAAAAUGAAAAAGAAAAACUUU